UCCCUCUCUCUCUCGCUCACAGGCCUCAUCUUCUCUCUCUAGAAAAGAAAAUUGGAAAAAUAAAAAAGGAAGGAGGAGAGUAAAGAAAGAACGAACUGGGAACUGGAUUUGAACAAUUCAACCUCUGGAGGAAAUUCUCUUCUUUCAUCUUCUAAUAAUCUUCGAUGAACUUAAAAAAUUCCGAGGAAGGUGAAGGAAUGUCGAUCUGGGUCUAAUUUAUUCAGAAAUUAAAGAGUAUCUUCUCCAAUAGAGAGAGAGAGACAGAGAGAGAGAGAGAGAGAGAGGGAGAGAGACAGUGAGUGAGAGUGAUGGGUGGAGUGACUUCAUCCAUGGCAGCCAAGUUUGCUUUCUUCCCACCCAACCCUCCUUCUUACAAGAUGAUUACUGAUGAAGUCACUGGUCUCUUAAUCCUCAGUCCUUUUCCUCACCGUGAGAACGUCGAUGUCCUCAAAUUGCCCACUCGUCGCGGCACAGAGAUUGUGGCCAUCUAUGUCCGGCACCCCAUGGCGACAUCAACUGUUCUCUACUCGCAUGGUAACGCCGCUGAUCUGGGUCAGAUGUACGAGCUCUUUAUCGAGUUGAGCAUCCACUUACGCGUCAAUCUCCUGGGGUAUGACUAUUCUGGGUAUGGACAGGCUUCUGGGAAGCCAAGUGAGCAGAACACUUAUGCGGAUAUUGAAGCUGCCUAUAAGUGUAUCGAAGAGAAUUAUGGGGCUAAGCAGGAGGACAUCAUCCUUUAUGGUCAAUCUGUUGGAAGUGGCCCCACAUUGGAUCUAGCGGCUCGCUUGCCCCGAUUACGAGCUGUUGUUCUGCAUAGUCCUAUUCUAUCGGGUUUACGGGUUAUGUAUCCUGUGAAACGCUCAUAUUGGUUUGACAUCUAUAAGAACAUUGACAAAAUUCCAUUGGUUAAUUGUCCUGUUCUGAUUAUUCAUGGUACCUCUGAUGAAGUUGUUGACUGUUCUCAUGGUAAACAGCUUUGGGAGCUGUGUAAAUACAAGUAUGAACCAUUAUGGCUUAAAGGUGGGAAUCAUUGUGACUUGGAGCUUUAUCCAGAGUAUAUUAGGCACCUCAAGAAAUUCAUAUCCAUGGUUGAGAAUUCUCCUUCUGAACGGAUUAGUUCAAGGAGAAGCACAGACAGGUUGGAACCGUCCCGACGAAGCACAGACAGGUUUGAACCGUCCCGGCGAAGCACAGACAGGUUUGAACCAUCCCGGCGAAGCACUGAUUGUUUUGAGCCUCCAAGGAAGAGUGAUUGUUUUGAGCCUUCAAGGAAGAGUACUGACCGGAGAGAAAAACCAAGGCAGAGCACUGAUAGAACUGAAAAAUUGAAAAGCCAUGAGUACAAAUCAAAUAAUAUUGACAGGCUAGAAAAGUUAAGAACUACUUUUGACCAAAUGGAGAGGUCUAGGAGAAGUGUAGACUGCCUUGAGAAGUCUCGUAAGAGUGUUGACCUACAGUUUGAGAGAGCACGGAAGAGUGUUGAUCGAUUGGAUAGAAUACGAACUGGGUAAAUUUUCUUACACAAUGUAAAGUUCAUGCAUGAGUUAUUGUGGAAAAAUCAUUGGGGCAUUUUAAUUUAUAAGUUUCCGGCUGUGUCGUUUGCUUGUGGAAGUUCCAUAUUGACUAGCAUGAAAUGAGAAGUGAUUGUUUUUAUGUCA